UUUAAGCAUGCGAUGGGAGUCAAAUACUUGAGUAACAUUCGAUUUUGCUGUCAGUGUUAAAGGGUGGCUGUGUUCAAAGUAACAUCAUUUGCUCAAACAGCAUAUCGUAAUGGAAUCAUUCUUCUUCGCAAUCAGAUAAAUCACAAUAAGCGCAACUAAUAAUAUAGUUCAAUAAGGUGUAGGCCCGUAACUUGUAUUAUAGUAUUUGCAUUUAGAACCUUUGUAUUGUGAUGUCAGUUGUAGGGACUAAACAUAGGCUAUGCAAUAGCAUAUUAUGCAAAUCAAGCAGGUUUAAGACGUCUUCUUCACAAGCAUAUAUUCGCAGACCAGUGAUAGAAAAAAAACGUACCGGCACGUAGCCGAUACAAGAGCAUUUUUUCUCGGCACGAAGUCAGAAAAAGAUGCGUUCGUUGUUUAGGGGGCGGGGGGGCUUUUCAGUGUAGGCUAACGCGUAUAGUGAGAUCUCUCUCCCGUCACACCGACGCUGUAAGUGCUAGAUUUUUCUUCAUCUCUUGUGAUAUUUAGAGUUCUGUCCCCGUUCUUACUUAUUCUCUGGCGCUUCCAAUCAUUUUAUCGGAUAGAUGUUAAACCACAAAUAGACUUAAGAACCUACGCGGACAGCCUAUUCGAAGAGCGUCACAUCCAGGAGUUCGGUUUACCUUGUUUUGACUGGGGCGACUCGCUAGCAACGCAAUUGACAAGACGCCUCAGCUGCUGAGAAGUACUGGGGUGAUUCCGCGAGGGCCACCCCCACCGUUCCUCUGCCAUCCUGCCGCUGGUCUAUGGCUGUAGCGUGCUGAGGAAGCAGAGCCCCGUCCCAGCCGCCCACCGCCCCUGUCUCUCCGUCCCCCCGCUCCUCCCCUUCGUCUCAAUGGGCUCUCACAGCCAGGGGUUCUUCCACCACCACCAGCAUCACCACCACCACCACCACCACCCCCACCGCAGCUCGGCACUGGCCGGCGGCAUGCCCCGCAUGGUGCCGGAGUCAGGCGGGGGCGUGCUGGGUGGCAUCGCCCAGAUCACGCCCGCCCUGUUCCUGAGCCGCGGCAACGUGGCGUCCAACCGGAGCCUCCUGCUGUCCAAGGGCAUCACCUGCGUGGUCAACGCCACCAUCGAACUGCCCAACUUCAACUGGCCGCACGUGGAGUACGUCAAGGUGCCGCUGGCCGACAUGCCGCACUCGCCCAUCUCGCUCUACUUCGACAGCGUGGCCGACAAGAUCCACAGCGUGGGCCGGAGCAAGCGCGGGGCGGUGCUGGUGCACUGCGCCGCGGGCGUGAGCCGCUCCGCCACGCUCUGCCUGGCCUACCUGAUGAAGUACCACCGCGUGUCCCUGGCCGAGGCCCACGCCUGGGUCAAGGCCCGCCGGCCCGUCAUCAGGCCCAAUGCCGGCUUCUGGCGCCAGCUCAUCGAGUACGAGAGGAAGCUCUUCGGCAGGAACUCUGUCAAAAUGGUGCAGACGCCCUACGGGGUCAUUCCGGACGUGUACGAGAGGGACCGGAGGAAUCUGGUUCCCCUCUGGGGCAUGUAGGAGAGCAGAUAGA